AUCUCGAGAAUUUGCAAAGAAGGAAAUACACAGAGUCUCUUGCUAGAUUUCCUAGCCAUCGAACUCAAACCUAAAAUGGCCCAGCGAAGAGGAAUUAAGUCUCCGGAGGAACUGAGAGGGUCAUCCACUUCGGACAAAAAAUACUUUGACUACGAUCGGCCUCCCCUGUUUCGCCUCGAGGACAUCUUCGUAGACUUGACUGGAAAUGCAUUGUCGGCAGAUCUUGGCAAGGCCUUGAGAUUCCUGAAGGAUCGGCCCUUGCGUGUUGCAACCGUGUGUUCGGGCACCGAGAGCCCACUGCUGGCCAUGAACAUGGUCAAGAAAGGCGAGUAUCAAAAUAUCCCUCAAAACAUUGUUCCAUGCCUUGGAUAUAUACAAAAAUUCGAGCAUGUCUUCAGUUGUGAGAUUGUUCCGUACCGACAAGCAUACAUUGAACGAACCUGCCGUCCUCCACUCCUCUUCCGGGAUGUCCAAGAUCUAAAUGGGAAUCGGGCGCACACGGCCUAUGGAGUACUUGCGGACGUACCCGGCAACAUUGAUCUUCUGAUCGCUGGUACAUCAUGCGUGGACCUCUCGGUUCUGAACAGCAAGCCACAGCCACUUGCCCAAAACGGCAGAGGCGAGUCGUCCCAAACAUUCUUUGGCCUCUUAGGCUACGUGAAAUCCCACAAACCUUCGGUUUUGAUUCUGGAGAAUGUGAAAGCCGACAAGGUCAAUUGGGAGACUAUGGUGGCCCACUACAAUGAUGCCGGUUAUGCAACAGAGAUCAUCGAUGUUGACACGAAGAACUUCUACCUGCCACAAACACGCCAGCGGAGAUACAUGGUUUGCAUCCGAGGAGAGAAUGGACCCAAGAAGAAGAUUCAACAGAGUUUGAUCCAGGUCAAGGCCAUGGUCAACAGUCUGCAGCGACCAGCAAGUUGCCCGGCCGGAUUCUUUUUGCUUGACGAGAACAGCAAACAGAUGAACCAAAUCGUCAACGAUCGCGAUAUUGUGAUGAAAAAGAACCGUAUGGUCACAUGGACCGAAGCGCAAAAGUUGCACCGAACACAGCGUGAGGUGUUCAAUCUUGGCCAGCAAAAGCCAAUCAGCCAGCCUGGAUCAAAAGCGGAUGCCUUGAAAGGACCCGAAUUCUACAUGCACAAGUGGUUCAAUCCACGAACUGAACGGGAAAAAGAUCUUCUCGACAUCAUAUAUCUGAAAGGAUUGAAAGGGAAGGAUGACAGCGCGUUUGACAUCAACUACAAGGAAAGAUGGAUCGAUAUCUCCCAAGCUGUGGAUCGAGCAAAAACGGCGACUAAAGGAUUCGGUAAUGUGGGAUGUGUAACACCGAAAGGCAUUCAUUUCUGUUCUUCCCGCGGCGGUCCACUUACAGGACAAGAGGCGCUUGCAAUGCAAGGACUGCCGCUUUCGCGAAUGAUUUUCACUCGGGAGACACAAGACGAGCUCCAGCAGCUGGCUGGAAAUGCAAUGACUUCAACUGUUGUAUGCGCAGUCGUGCUGGCGACGCUCACCCAUGGCUUUAAAUUUUUGAUCCAGGGGCCAAUUGCCGACCAUCGAGAGAGCGAGAAGGCGAAUGCCCUCGAUUUUGAGGCAGAGCUCCAAAAGGCAAAAUUUGAAGGCGAGGAUUUGUCUUCCGAUAGAGUUGCAGAGCCCAUGGAACAGAUCCGUAAUCUGUGCAAUGAUAUCGAAAGGCUCCAGAAAUGGGCAAGUGACAGUUCACGAUACUGCUAUUGUGAAAAGCAAUCCGAGACCCAGUCGAAAAUCUUCAUGUGCACUCUUUGUGGACACACGGCAUGCGACUCCUGCAACAGAGAUCCCCCUCAUGGCCCAACGAGAAUGGCCUCGAUACAGCGCCUUGAACCACUCGAAUUCAUCAAGAACUUGCGGAUAGAUCUGCCGAUGAGAUUGAGCUUCGAGGGGCUUGAUGGAAACAUGUUUGAUCAACUUCUCGAACCAACCCUAAAUGAGCACGACAGUAUUGACGUCAAAGUCGAAGACAGCGGAGAAGAAACCAGGAAAGUAAUCUCCGGCAGAAAGACAAAAAGUGGCAAGGUUAUCAGCAAAAGGUCAAACAAAAAGAAAGCCACCAUCGGAAAGACUGCCGGCAGGAAGACUAGAAAGAAAAGCCCCGCAUCCAGGAAUACCACUGCCAGUGGAAGUGGCGCCGGAUAUUCCACCGUCCAGAAUGCUUCUAGUACCGGAAGUAACAACAUGAUCCUCAGUUCCGAUGAUUGCCAAAGAUACAGAAGUGUGAUUGAAGCUGCUGUCGCAGACAUCGUUCACUUUGUUGAAAUUAAGCGCGCGGAAGCCUGGACGUCGAUCCAGUGGCUUUUCUUCGCCAAGCCUCCGCCUGAUUAUCCUGCUCGAUGCUUGCUCCGAGAAAUAUUUGCGAAGCCAAUUGCCAAAAUGACGCCAAGCUCAACGCUUCUAGAAGGUCGGUGGAAAAUCAGCGAGCCAAUCAGUACCCAAUUGUCAGUCAAUAUCCGGGGCAUAAACAGCGGGCAGAGCCACCAGAUUCCAGCAUAUCCUGCUCGGUGUGGAAUCUCCCACGAAUCCAUUGCGAAAAAGAAGGUUUGGAAAAGGAUGUCGGUAGAACUGGGCAACAAUGGGAAUCUGGAGUGUGAUCUCAAUGGCAACUACGAACUAUUGCCCAACUGCGGCACGGCCUUUGGCUGUCUUUACAAGAAGGAAGAGACCGAGGCGAGAGCAGAUGGAGACGAGGAUAGAUCUAUCUUCCUCUUCUUUGACCCCCAGAAAUGCAGCGACGUUCGGCAUGAUUCCUUUGUAUUUUCAUUCGAGCAUGAUCGCAUUGCUGGAUAUGCGCCUCGCGUUACAAUCGCCGAAUUAUCUCAUGAGUGGAGAUCGGAGCAUGUCACCAAGGCCAGCAAACCCGUCGACCUUUUCUAUCGAUCAUGGCAAGCUGAGACAAGGGUUAAGCUAAUCAAAGUGGCGGAGUCCGAAAUCCAAUGUCAACCGCUGAUCCCCCUGCCGACUGUGAGCUUUGGUGGUGAAACCAGCCAUGUUUACAACCGCCUACUGGUUGCUAGUGGUCCCGCGACAAUUCUAGACCUUCCUCAUCAGCAUUAUGCAGCCUGGAAACAUCAUGACAUUGAAAGGUUCCCUGAUAUGGUGAAGGAAAUCGCCUGGGCCUUUGAAAGAGUCUCGCUGCAGAUGGGGCUUGAGGGGUGGCAAGAUGUCGAAGUCGAUGGCCAUAUUGAAGAAAAACUCACAACAAUCUGCGAAGUUUGCCAUCCUCAAAUCCCAGAUCCUGGAAACAAUCAAGAAGCCAUUGCAUACGAGCGUUUCGUGAAGACAAAGUGGCCAAAGUGGAUUGUUCGAACUUGUGAUCUCCAUGAUGACAAACGGACACUCCAAUUCGCACUCAACAUUCGGGCCAUGGCUCACACUGCCUGCCAAAACAUGCUUGACCUGCUGAAAGGGAGGAUUCCCCAGAUCAGCUGGCGGCUCGAGUCAAACCACUUCGAUGUGGGCAGGAAGUAUCAUGGGAAGUUUCGGCUCAAGGAUACUAACGAGGUCUCUCCUCGAAUGGGUCUACCAGCCUUUCUUCGCGAGGAGCAACAGAGAUCGUUAGAUUGGAUGAUUGGCCAAGAAAAGUCCGAUAUUGAACCAUUCAUCGAGAUGGAAGUGGAUGAAGCCCCAUUGCCCGCGUUGGCCUGGCGUGCUGAAGUCAAAGUUACCACCGAGUCCGUUAUUCGAGGCGGUCUCUGCGCUGAUGAAGUCGGGUUCGGCAAGACAGCGCUCAUGCUUGCCUUGAUAUACAGUCAGUGGGGAAAUGGCUGGAAUGAGAAUAUUCCUGCAGAGGCUGGGCUGGAAAAACACGAAGGAACUAUCAUUAUCGCCCCAUCGAACAUUAUCGAGCAGUGGUUAGAAGAGACCGACAAAUUUCUCACGAAGGGCUAUCGGAAGAGCAAUCUCGUUGAUAUCAAAAGCGUUGCUGAUUUCAAAAGGCUCGAGAAUCAAGCGAGGGAAGAUAAUCGGAUUGAACGGGCCAGGAUUGUUCUUGUGAAUGUCAAUAUGCUGCACGAGUGUGUCCACGCUUUGAAAAAAUACAAGUGGGCUCGACUUGUCAUCGACGAGUACCAUCUUCUCUGGGAUAAGAAGAAACUUUCCCCAGUUGAACCUAUACUUUCUUUGAAUGCCUACUCGAAAUGGAUUUUGUCAGGAACCCCUCCGCUUGAGGACUUUGCCGAUGUCAAGACAAUCGCGACGCUUCUUGGGGCACACCUGGGCAUUGACAACGACGGUGACCUCAAAUCAACCAACAAGCGAUUGGCUGGUAACCGGAGACAGUAUUCCGACUUGCAAAAGCUUGAGAUAUUUGAUCAAGCUCGCAGCGAGACCUGGUACAAGAACCGACGCAGUCAUGCCCAAGAGUUUCUCAAUCGGUUUGCGCGCCAGAACCACACCGAACAGAAAAUCCCAUGCGAUAUCUACUAUGAUGGAUUCCAUCAAUCUGAGGAUGAACAACAUGUGUAUCUGCUCCUAGAAAGACACCUGAGAGAGCAUGGCAAUCUCAAUAUCCGCGAGAAAAGCAAACUGGUUGGACCCGGUCUACGAAGUUGCUUGAACGAGCUCAUCUCCAGUUCAGGGGCAUACGAGCAUUCGCUUUUGCUUUGCUCUCUCUCAGCCACGUACACAAGCUCGCCUUACAGGAUUGAGAUCUGCGACGACAGAAUCAAAGAGCUGAAUGCAAGAUUGAAGAGCAAUUGGCAGAAAUUGCAGUCGAAGUGCGCGAGCAUGAUGACAAAGUACGACGGACGUUUCAAUGAAUUUUCCAAGUUGCUGAAGGAGAAAUUGCUAGAUAAAGAUGGAUUCCACGGGUUUGGAGACCCUGAUAUCCCAAUCCACGUGGCUGGAAUCCUUGGAAGUCUGCUGAAGAAAACCCACCAGCUCGAAUGUGCAAGCACUCUCAUGGCGAUGGACGAGGAUGGGGAAGAGCUGGAGGAGAAUACAGGCAGUGAAGAGAAUGAACGAAUCGGUCAUGCAGACGAGGAAAAAGAGGGAUUAAACAUGGAAGAACAAGAAAAACGCUCGGAAGAUGAUGAGGGAGACUAUGAGCCAGAACUAAUUGAGGAUGAUCCGGAAGAAGAUGAGGAGAACGAAGAAGACUCUGAAGAAGAUUUCCACGACGACGAGCAGAAUGUUUCUCAUAUGGACUUUCCGGCGCAAGUCAUCGAUCAAGUCGUGCGUCGCUUUGAGCAUUUGGCCAAGAUCAACCAAGAUCUCCGAUUCUGGAACGCAGCCAAACGGCUACACCCAGAUACAGGUAAUAAAGACAAGGAAACCUGCUCAUCUUGCUUGAAAAAGAUUGCCAAACCAGCAAUCACCAUCUUGCGACCAUGUGGACAUACGUUUUGUAAGAAGUGCUUGGGUGAAAUCCAAGAUGAAUCAUGCCGGGUAGAUCGAUGCUCGGGGAGGACAGCACUAUCCGACCAGUUUCGACAGGAGGACUUCGGCAAAGACAAUAACGACGAAAAAGCCAUAUCGAAGCAUAGUUCGAAGCUGCAAGAGCUCAUUCGAAUCAUCAAGGAAACCCCCCCGGAUGAUCAGGUGUUGGUGUUCUGUCAAUACCGACCCAUGUUCAAGAUGAUCGAAAGCUCGUUCGAGAACGCAGGAAUAGGGUGUAUUUGUCCAGAGCAAGACAAAGUUGACACAGCGAUUGAGCAAUUCAAAAAGAAACAGGGUCAAGAAAGGAACUCUAGACCCAAAAAAGUUCUCAUUUUGCAUCUUGGGGGUGAGGACAUGGCCGGGCAAAAUCUUCAGUGCGCGAACCAUGUUAUUUUUGUCAAUCCACGCCUGGCGGAAUCCCACGACCAGUGGAAAGACGAUAUGGAACAAGCUAUCGGUCGUGUCCGUCGUCCCGGGCAGCCGAAGCAAGUCUACGUCCAUCACUUGAUUGCAGAAAAAACGGCAGAUGUAACUGCAAUCGAGAAGUGGGAAGGACACGUCGUGCGCCGACGGGACCCCAUCAUCGCGCCAGUGAAGAGGGAUAGGGACGAAUGGUUGGGAGGAACGAAUGAGCGGCGUCUCCGCCGAAAAAUCGAAUAA